AUGUCGUACCUUGUGGUCAUUCCUCCCGAGGCUUGGCCUAUUGAUGACUUGUUCAAGGGCGAUGUUAAUUUGUAUGUAGACGGACGUCCAGUUGACGCCCAGGGCGAUGGGGAGAUAGAUGAGGAUGUUGUAGCUGUUCCACCUCCUGUUGUUCCUGUCAUGGAGAUAUCUUCUGACACUAGUUUGCAUCCGGUUUCAGACUCCUUUGAGUCUGUGACAUCUUCAGCCUUACAGGUGGCCGGAUUGCAGCUUUUUGCUACUGACUUUGCCAACGACACCGCUAUGUCUGUUGCACUAUCACUUGCUCGAGAUCCCACACCUCCACAUGAUCUAGAGCCUACUCCUGAGCUAGCUCCUGUUCCUUUUGACAUUGCUCCCCUUAUUCCUGAUCCAGCUCCUGCACCUGUUGACCCUCCUUUUGUUGAGCCAUUUAUUCCCGCACCCGCACCCGCUGAUGUUGCUCCUCUCCCUCCUAUAGAGUCCGAUGUCCAUCGCACUAACUUACCUACCAUUUUCUUACAGGACAUCCCUGCACCCCGUCCAGGGGAAGGUACUUCAGGCCAGCACCCGCGUGACGAUCCUUUUGCGCCAGCAACAUUUCCUCCGACCUCAUAG